AUGGGCCUCGAAAAACAAACCCUCCGAAUGGGCAACGGCAAAGACCACCCCAGGCCCGGCGACCCCGUCGAGCUCAACUACACCGGGUAUCUGUACGACGAAUCGAACCCAGACCACCAUAAAGGGAAGGAAUUCGAUAGCUCGAAGAGACGCGGCCCGCUGAAGGCGACUAUCGGGGCGGGAGAUGUCAUUCGGGGCUGGGACGAGGGCGUUCCGCAGAUGAGUCUUGGGGAGAAGGCGAUUUUGACGAUGAGUGGGGAGUAUGGGUAUGGAGAGAAGGGCUUUCCGGGGCUGAUUCCGCCGAAUGCUUCGCUUGUUUUUGAGGUCGAGCUUCUCAAGAUUAAAGACUAUGGUCUUGAUUAG